GAAUGGGCGGAACUGAUCAUUGUAUUGCACACCUCUAAAAAAAACACUGCCUCUGAUUUAUCAAUAUAAAAAAGAUCCUCUGAGAGGAGGAGGGCACUUUUGUGUGAUGGCAACUUCACUUCUAGGGGAAGAACCGAGGUUGGGAUCGACUCCUUUGGCCAUGCUUGCUGCUACCUGUAAUAAGAUCGGCAGCCCCAGCCCGUCUCCCUCCUCCCUCUCGGACAGCUCAUCUUCCUUCGGCAAAGGCUUCCACCCCUGGAAACGUUCCUCGUCCUCCUCCUCCGGCAGCUGCAACGUAGUGGGCUCCAGUCUCUCGAGCUUCGGCGUGUCGGGCCCCUCCAGGAACGGCGGCUCGUCCUCGGCCGCGGCGGCUGCCGCGGCGGCGGCGGCUGCGGCUGCGGCCCUGGUGACCGACUCGUUCAGUUGCGGCGGCUCGCCGGGCUCUAGCGCCUUCUCCCUAACCUCCAGCAGCGCUGCCGCCGCUGCCGCGGCAGCCGCCGCCGCCGCCUCGAGCUCUCCCUUCGCAAACGACUACUCGGUGUUCCAGGCCCCUGGCGUAUCGGGGGGCGGCGGCGGCGGGGGCGGCGGCGGCGGCGGCUCCUCCGCGCACUCGCAGGACGGCUCCCACCAGCCAGUGUUCAUCUCCAAGGUGCACACCUCUGUGGACGGGCUGCAGGGCAUCUACCCGCGCGUGGGCAUGGCGCACCCAUACGAGUCGUGGUUCAAGCCCUCGCACCCCGGCCUGGGCGCCGCCGGCGACGUGGGCUCGGCCGGCGCCUCCAGCUGGUGGGACGUGGGCGCGGGCUGGAUCGACGUGCAGAACCCGAACGGCGCGGCGGCGCUGCCCGGCUCGCUGCACCCCGCCGCCGGGGGGCUCCAAACCUCGCUGCACUCGCCGCUCGGAGGUUACAACUCGGAUUACUCAGGCCUGAGCCACUCAGCCUUCAGCAGCGGCGCCUCUUCACACCUGCUUAGCCCCGCCGGGCAGCACCUCAUGGAUGGCUUCAAGCCGGUGCUGCCCGGCUCCUACCCGGACUCGGCCCCAUCGCCGCUGGCCGGAGCUGGGGGCUCCAUGCUGAGCGCGGGGCCGUCUGCGCCGCUGGGGGGCUCCCCGCGUUCUUCCGCCCGCCGCUACUCCGGCCGCGCCACCUGCGACUGCCCCAACUGCCAGGAGGCGGAGCGGCUGGGUCCGGCCGGGGCGAGCCUGCGGCGCAAGGGCCUGCACAGCUGCCACAUCCCGGGCUGCGGCAAGGUGUACGGCAAGACGUCGCACCUCAAGGCGCACCUGCGCUGGCACACGGGCGAGCGGCCCUUCGUGUGCAACUGGCUCUUCUGCGGCAAGCGCUUCACGCGCUCCGACGAGCUGCAGCGGCACCUGCGGACCCACACCGGCGAGAAGCGCUUCGCCUGCCCUGUCUGCAACAAGCGCUUCAUGCGCAGCGACCACCUCAGCAAGCACGUGAAGACGCACAGCGGCGGCGGCGGUGGCUCGGCGGGGUCAGGCAGCGGCGGCAAGAAGGGCAGCGACACCGACAGCGAGCACAGCGCCGCGGGCAGCCCGCCUUGCCACUCCCCGGAGCUGCUGCAGCCCCCCGAGCCUGGGCACCGCAACGGCCUGGAGUGA